AUGGGAAAACUCAAGCUACCCUGGCAAUACGGAGAGGACGCUGUCCUUGUCAACAACGAUGUCCUCUACCAGAUCCCCUACACGCCCAACUCCGAAGCGGAAGAGAUUAUGAAUGAGAAAGCUCCCCUGCCAAUCGUACCCCCCGGUCAACCUGGCGUCGUUGUCCAAGCGGACGGGUCGACCAAGCCUCUCACAGCCAAGGAGGUCGCCGCGCUCAAACUGAAGUCUACCACGAUCAAGAGUGGUGGGAACAGUUUGCGGCCGACCUGGAUUCCCAGUACGUCAAGGAGGCCGCCGAGGCAGGGGCGACCGAGGUCUUCCAGUCUCUUCCGCUUGUCCCCGGCGCCGAGACCGGAAGCCAGUACUUCCUGAAGCCACCUCGCUCCGAGCAGGAGGUCCACAACCUCCUCAAGGCGCAGGGCUUGCCGCAUGUCGUUCAGCUGGUCGGCCGCACAAAGGAUGAGCUUGUGCUUCAGGCAGCCGGGAAAGACUUGUCACGAGGAUGGAUCGAGGGCGAUAACCCCGACGACACGCCGGCCUCGACGCGCCGCUCCUGGGCUGUGCAACUCGCCGAUGCACUUGCCUCCUUGCAUGGAAGAGGCAUCUUUCACCGCGACAUUACCCUCAUGAACGCUCUCUUCUCUGGAGAGCAAGCGACAUUGUGCGACCUCGAGUGCGGCCCUACCAGCAAGGCCAUCAUUGCUCCAGAGAUGAUAGUGCACGGCAAAGGAGCAUUCACCGACAAGUCCGACAUCUGGGCAUUCGGUAUUCUGCUUUGGUCGAUCGAGAACCUCAACAAUCCCCGCCCGUUCGCCGCCCGGUACUUUGAGAGGAUGGGUCAGUUUGGUCCGCUCAUCGACAAGUGCCUUCAGGUGGACCCGGCUCAGCGCCCCACGGCAACCGAGCUGGCUAGGCUCCUACGCGAUGAGUAAGGUCGACGCGAGCGGAAAACACGAUGCAGUAGUGAGAGAUGGAUACAUGUUUAGGAGUAAUGACGUCGUGCAGAGCAGUGUCGGAGCAGGCCGGCCGGCAUCACGUGUUUGACGAGGGACAAACAUCACCAGCACAGUUUCGCAACUCGUGUGAACCCAAGGUUGCUCAUCUUGCGACAGUCCUCAUCACCUGCAGACCCGCUCGUCGUCUUCCGAGUCAUUCGAUUCCAGCAGUUGUCCCUUGUUGCCAUGUCGUCAACGUAUCUGAGAAUACUGCCCUCUGUGCGACGGCCGCUGACGGCUCGGAGACAUUAACUGCCCUCGGACCGGCGACAAUCCCGAGGAUCCUUGAUGACAAGAUGGUCGGGACAGAGAUGGCCUCCUCGUCACCUCUCCCAUGAUCAUCUUCGCCUGCGCCAUCGCCGUCGCCAUCGCCGCGAUCAGAUGGCUCACCCUCCCACCGCGCACCUUUGCCCCCGGCCUGCCCGUCAUCCCCAUCUGGGUCGCGUUCCUCCCCCUCAUCCGCAGCUGGCUGGGGCUGCCUCUCCUCGGCCAGGAUGAGACCUACGCUCGCUACAUCGCCCCGGCCAUGUCCAAGCACGGUGCAGUGGUCAUCUUCUUCGGAUCACAGUGGAAUGUCCUGGUUGGCUGCCCCCAAGGCAUGAUCCAGUUGUUCGGUCGCGAGAGAUCCGUCUUUCACAAGAGCGGCAAUCAUCGCAAGCUCCCGCGCGCCGUUAUCAGUGCGCUGACCGGCGGCAACAUCAUCUCGGAAACGGGCGAGAAAUGGCGUACCUUUGCUCAUGUGAUCCGGCCUGCACUCAAGGAUCGCAUCAACACUGGCGGCCUCGACGUAGCUUGCGCAAGGCUGGUCCAGCGGCUCCGGCGAGAUGGCGAGGUCGUCGCUGUGACAUCGAUUGUCCAGCAGUACGCCAUGGAAGCCGUUACGCUGUGCGUCUUUGGCAAAGAUCUGAACUUCCUCGUCCAACCCCCAAGAAUUCACGCCGUGCACACCCUCGUCAAGCGGCACAUCUUUCAUCCACUGUUCCUCAGCGUCCCAGCGCUUGACAACUACCCCCGGCUCUUCCCGGGUCGAGUGGUGGCUCGAAAACUCAUCGCGCAACUCGAGCAAGAGCUGCUGGCAACAUUGCCCAGUGCCGAAGCCAAGGCAGCCCUGAGCUGCAAGGUCAUCGAUGUCGCUUCGUCGCCGUCGAGCAGCAAUGUCUUGUUCGACCUCGAUCAGGCAUUGCUACACGGCACAUUUACGUCCCGAGAGUACAUUGACAACUUGAAGAUCCUCUUCAUAGCAGGGCACGAGAAUGUUCAACAGGCACUGUGCUCUGUCCUCAUGGUGCUGGCACGAGAUCCCAUGCUGCAAGACGACAUUCGACAGGACGCCCUAUUGCAUCGUGGGAAAGACACCAGCCCAUUCCUCCACGCUAUCGUCCACGAGACCCUCCGCCUGUACCCACCCAUCCCGCAACUGAUCAACCGCCGCGUCGCCGAUCCCUGUGUACUGUCGCUGCCUUCUCAAGGCGGUGCACCCCUCCACGUCCCACUUCAACCAGGCACCUACGUCGGGUGGACAGCCUUUGGCGUCCACCGUGGCCCGUGGAACAGCACGUGGCAGCCAGAUCCCGACGUCUUUCGGCCGUCGAGGUGGGGCACGACCGUGGACAACAUCGAUGCCUUGGCCAGAGAGACGAGAAGCCGAGGGGAGUUCACUAGCUUCCACGGCGGCUUACGCGCUUGUCCUGGCCAGGCAUUCGCCUUGCGAUCGCUUCAUCUAUCCGUCACGGCGAUUCUUGCAGACUUUCAACUGUCGCUAGCUUCGGACGACGGCACCAAGCUGACCCCUGGUGGCCUCCUUGCGCCGAGGAAUCUGCACCUUCGGCUUGUACCAGUUGGCAAGUAGGCCCAGCACGGAAUGCGACGUUAUCCCGUCUGUGACCCAUGCAGCUCACACGCUUCUACACGUCUAUGCAUGCCGCUUCUUACGACUCUCUAACUGUACACCGAAAGUACGCGCCCUCGCCAGACUUCUGCGAUUGGAUCAACUCGACUUGGUGCUCACUCUGAUCAAGGUUUACCAGCAUGUACCUCUUCAAGAGCACAAAUCCGCCAUUGGGAAGCUGCAGCACGACGUUGUGCCAGGGCGUCGGGAUGUGGAAGAGUUCCGGCGACGAUGGGCUACCCAUUGCGACAUCUCCUCGAAAGGAUCGGUGCAAGAGGCUGAUGGCAAACUUGGGGCCGCUGUUGUCGCUUACGGGUGGAUACUGAGGCGAACAGCAUCUGGGUAUGACACCUCCACGAGCCGAGAGUAGGCUUCAUUUCGCAAGACCAUCAGCUUGGCCAUCUCCCAAGCCAUCCUCUUUUGCUUUGACCGCGACACCAAGCUGAGAGAUGGAUGCUGGAGUGUAUCCUCGUAGACAAACUUGGAGAAUCCGCGACAUAGAGCCAUUAGAGAAGGAUCUUGCGCGAGCCGCUCUUCAAUGGAACCCAUCUUCCCAAACAGCGUCAUCAAGAUUGAUCGGCCCCGCUCUGCGUGUGCAGCCCUAGUCGUCGCCACGGCCCCAGACCGAGGUGCUGGCCACGAAUGCCCCUGCUGAUCCAAACCUUUGAUCUGGAGGAGGUCACCCAGACCGGCGAACCGGAACAGAUGGCUGUCGGAACUGAUUCCAAGAGACAUGUCUUGGAGCGCGCAGUUGUAUUCGUCCACAACGUCGUCAUCCGUACCAACAAGAUCCGAGAAGACAUGGCCAUCGGAGACUAUCCUCAUGAUGACACCGGGAGGGUAGAUCUCUGAGACGGCAUCGGCGAACAGCUUCAGAGUGCGCAGUGCUAGCUCUUCGCCCUUGUCUGGGAAGACACCGAUGACCUUGUUCGACAAGCGUCAGAGAUUGGAGCGCAGCCAUGACCUACUCGAUUGCUAGAUUUACAUGGAAACGCGGGUAGGACAAACUCAACAGGGCGCUGCGCAGCCACAAACUGCUCCACGCCACGAGAGAAUCUCGAGCGUCCAGUCGCUCCCCACUGAUCAUUUGGUGGCGUGUACUUGAGAUGCUGUUCGAAUAGAGCAAUGAUGCCCCGGGCCAACGGCGUGGUGUCGGGAUGUUUGACGACGGCUGUAUGUGGGCUCGACAUUGCCCCAGUCUUCAGCAGAGCAUCAAGGUAGGCCGCCACCACCGAGUCGCAGGGCGCACCCUCCUCUGAUGCUUGGAGCCCGUGAAUAGUCAUGGAAGUGGUUGACAA